AACAGUUGACACUCAUGGCUCCACCUCCACUCUAGAGCCCCAUGUGAUGCCGUGACAGGGUGAGGCUCUGGGUGCACUUGUUUCUGAAGGUUCAGCAGUGUCAGGAGGCCAGGGUUUGAACGGAGGGAGAGGUGCAGUCCGAAUGCAGCCAUGGACUACCAGCAGAAACUGGCUGAGAAACUCACCAUCCUCAAUGAGAGGGGGAACGGCGUGCUGAUUCGUAUGAACUACAUUAAGAAGAUCUGUGCAGACUCCAAACUGCGUCCAUCCUUCCUCACAGACAAAGCAAUGGAACCUGCAAUCAAAUAUAUCAACAAGAAGUUUCCCAACAUCGACUUCAGAGGAAAUAAUAACAAUCUGACGAAUAUCCAGCGACAGAAAUCUGAUAUACUCGGAGCCACAAGCAGCUACUACGACUCGUUUAUGGAUGUCAUUGAGUUCAGGGAUCAUGUUUAUGAGUUGCUGAACACCAUAGAUGCCUGUCAGUGCUUCUUUGAUAUUUCUCUGAACUUUGAAUUCACCAAGAACUACUUGGACCUGAUCAUCACCUACACAUCUGUUAUCAUCACUCUGUCCCGCAUCGAUGACAAGAAGGUCCUGGUGGGGAUGUUUAACUGUGCCCAUGAGAUGACCAACGGAUGCAGCGACCCCUCCUACCCCCGAUUGGGCCAGAUGUUUGUGGAAUACGAGCAUCCAUGGAAGAAGCUCACUGAGGAGUUUGGCCCUCAUACCAGAUCCGUUACAGCAGCGUUGCUCUCGCUGAAGAUGGUUUAUCCACGCAGGAAUCUGCCUGCAGAGCAAUGGCGGAGUGCCCAGCUCCUCAACUUACUCAGUGCUCCUGCUACCAUGAUGGAUCCGGCCUGCUGUGACACAAUGGCGUGUGAAUACCUGCCACUGGACGUGAUGGAGCGUUGGAUCAUUAUUGGCUUCCUGUUGUGCCACAACAGCCUGAACUCAAACCAGGCAUCUCUGGAGCUGUGGAAGAUGGGUCUACGGAGCGGCAUUUACCUCACCCUCAUCAGAGACGAAGUCCUCAACAUACACAAAGUCUCUGAGGACCUCCUAGACUCCUUCAAAGGAUACCACAAGCGCAUUGCUGAUAUCAAGGAAUGCCGUGAGCAUGUUUUAGCCAACUGUGGAGCUAUGCACAGAGAGAGGAGGAAUUUUUUGAGAGGAGCUCUGAAGGAAUUAUGUAAAGUUCUAGAGGAUGAACCAGGUCUUCUGGGACCAAAGGCUCUGUUUGUCUUCAUGGCAUUGUCGUUUUCCCGCGACGAGGUCCUGUGGCUCGUCAGACACUCUGAAAAUAUGCCAAAGAUCAAGAUGCCAGAAGACUACAAUGACAAUCAGAUGGCUGAAUUGCUGUUCUGUAUGGAGAAGUUACGAGGGCUAAUGAAAAAGCACAGCCAUGUAGUUCAGCGUUAUCAUGUUCAGUACCUGGCUCAGUUUGAUGCUUUGCUUCUGAAUGACACCAUACAGAACAUGUAUGUUUGUCCAGAAGAGGAGUCUGUCCUGUUUAGCUCCUUUGUCUCAACUCUCUCUGCUCUCUCCAUUAAACAAGUGGAAAACAAAGAAGAAUUUGAUUUCAGAGCUCUCAGAAUGGACUGGCUGAGAUUACAGGCCUACACGAGCGUGGCUAAGGCCCUUCUUCCAAUGAAAGACUACACUGACCUGCCAAAGGUGAUGAACUUGAUCCAGUUUCACACCAGAAUGGUGGACAGUCUGGAAGAUAUGCUACAUGAGACAUCUGAGCUCUCCAUCCUCUGUUUCUACCCCCGUGUCUUUGAGAAAAUGUUCAACCAGAGCAGUGAGGAGAUGCCCAUGAAGCGAUACCUCAUGUCCUUCCCCUUGGCCUGUUCUCACUUUAGUCAGUGUGCACACACUCUUUGUCCAGAAGAGGCAGACAUAUUGGAGAAGCGAAGUCUGAGCCUGUGUGUGACCUUCUUGGACCAAAUAGCUAAGCAGACCAGUGGUGUUAUGUUAGAGAUAUGUGCUGAGCAGCGUAAUCUCAAUGACCAGCUGCUGCCCAAGCAUUGUGCCGAGACCAUCAGCGCUGCUCGCCACAGAAAGCAAAAGAAGCAGUUGCCAAAAAAUAAAGAAGUCCAGAAGGAGAAACCUGGAGCUGAGAGUCUGAGAAAAAAUCGAAUCAUAGAAACAAAUAUGGACAAGUUGCACCUGACUCUGACAGAGCUCAGUUCCUCCUACACUCUCUGCACGGACUUCACUGUCUUCAACCACAUUGUUGUUCCCACAGAGUUCCUGCUUUCUCACCUCGAGAUGCGUCUUUCUGAGAUCAUCUUAAAAAUGAUCAAUUACAACCAGACCACCCAGGAGAUAGCACGUCCCACCGACCUGCUGGCUGGGAUCAGGACCUACACAACCAGUCUGCACAACCUCUCCUGCUACAUUAACGUGGACAUCACACGGCUGAUGAAGAAUGUCCUGCUGCAGCAAACACAGCCGUUAGACUCCAAUGGAGGCCCAACCAUUACACACCUCUACACAACCUGGUACCUGGAGGCCCUUCUGCGUCAGGCAAGCGGCACCCUCAUCGUUCACUGUCCCACGAUGCAGUGCUUUGUCAGCCAGACGACCGACAGUGAACUCACAUUUAGAGCAGAGGAGUUCUCAGAUGUAUCAGAGUUGCAAGCCCUGGCAGAACUAAUUGGUCCAUACGGCAUGAAGUUUCUGGGUGAGAACCUGAUGUGGCACAUCACCUCUCAAGUCAGCGAACUCAAGAAAAUGGUGAUUGAGAACAUGGACGUCCUGGUGCAGAUGAAAAACAACUUUGACAAGCCAGAGGAAAUGACCAUUCUAAAAAAGAGGCUGACAGGUGGAGAGAAUGUCCUGAAGAGGACAACCAUCAUCGGGGUGAUUUUGUCCUUUAGACUGAUGGUGCAGGACUGUCUGCAAGAUAUCCUGGGGAAACAUUGUCCCUUUCUGUUGAAGCCCAUCAAGUGCCUCAGAGACUUUAUCACCCCUGAUGCUGACAUCCAGGUAACUCUGAAUGUCUUUGAGCUGGCGUCUGCUGCAGGACUAAAGUGUAAUAUUGAUCCUGACCUCGUUGUGGCCAUCCGAAAUAUGAAAACAGAUAACACAUCAUCUGAAGAGGAGCAUAAGAUCUCCCGUUUGCUGCUCAUCUACAUCGCCGUGUCCCUGCCCAUUCUGGCUCUGGAUCCCAACUCCUUCUACAACCAAGUGCAUGGAGGCCACAACAACAACAUCCACUGUUUAGCUACAGCCAUCAACCAGCUGGCUGCUGCCAUGUUCACUGUACAGAACAAGAACAUUGAGCAGCAGCUGAAAGAGUUUCUCUUGCUGGCCUCCUCCACUCUGCUCCAGCUGGGACAAAAUGUGGAAAAAGUGGAGGUCAAAAACAGAGAGUCUGUCUACCUGCUCCUGGAUAUGAUUGUGGAGGAGUCUCCAUUCUUGAGCCAGGACAUGUUGGAGAGCUGCUUCCCGUACGUUCUCCUCCGAAACGCCUACAGGGAGGUGCACAAGGCCUUCGUCAUCACUGUGACCUGAAAACUUUUUCUCUAAAUACGUUAUUGACUCAAAUUGUUAUUCAUAUCUCACUUGGAUGCUUUUAUUUUAUUUUUCCUGUUAUGCAGACUCCAAAUGGCCUUUCAUGUGAGUGAGCAUGUUUCACAUAAACAAAGAUCAAACUUCAUGCAUUAGAUCUGUGCAGCUUCCAUCAGCACCUUGAAGCUGUGUAGUUUUACUAAUGGAAACUUAAAUGAUUAAAAUCAAAAAUACAUUUAGCAAAAUCUGCCUUUAGAUAUUAACCAUUCACCCAUAAAGUUCGAAAAAUCAUCACACCUCCAUCACUAACAUAUUUAGUAUUUUCCUCAUUUUUGGUAUUAUUAUCAAUUAAUAAAAAUAAUGUUUUUUUUUCUUUGGUCUGAAAUCAACAUAUUAUGUCUCUGCAUGAAAAGUCUUCUCUUUCUCAUAUUUGAUGAAGAAUUUAGAUGAAGCACUUGAGUUUUUCAUGAGUAAAAGUUGCUGCUAAUUUUAGGCAAACCUUUUUAUGAUAAUCUUUUGCACAGAGUGCUGUCUCUUCAGUCCUUGUCCUCAACGGGCUCUCCCGCUCGCAUUCAACCAGUGCUGCAGCGGCUGCGUGCACUCAGUUACCACUCUGGAGAUGCAUCUGUGAAGAGUGUGUGCAUGCAUCUGUGUAGGUGUGUGUAUUCAAGGUUUCUGUAUAUUUGCUUCCUCAAGAGGCUCAAGAGGUUGAAUUCCCACUCAGGGAAAAUUUGUCUUAAAACGUUCACAAAAACAAAAAAUAUGUGACAACAGAAUAAAAAAUACUAAACCACAAGUUUGAUGACCACAGCAGUGAUGCAAAUGUUUGACCUGUGGAUAUAAAUAAGACACACACUCAUCCUUUUGUUGUGCUUUAUUAGUGCUCAGAGAGCAGUUUGCAACCUCAGGUGGGAGGUUGGCUUUUGUUGUUUUAUCAUUAUCCAAUAAAACAUCUAAAAGCAAGUUAAGGGGGCAUUCAUCCCUCUUCUGUUCAGAAUUCCUCUGCUUUAUUUUGUUUUUAAUCAGGAGGAUUUAUUUAGUAAAAACUAAAUGUUCAGUUAUGAUAAAAAAAAUCCAAAAGCUGCUGCAUUUAUCUGUAACACCAGUUCAGUUAAACAUGGCAAUGAGAAAUAAAUCAAACUCCUUUUACCAAUCAAAUGCACUUCAAAAGAAGAAAGAAGCUUUUAAAUUAGAUGUUUAAAAGUGAUUCUAACUUAAAAUGACGUAUUUCAUCAUGACAUGCAAGCUGUGGAAAUACAAACACUUUGCUGUUUUGAUUAGCGUUGUGUUGUUCCAAUAAACUUGUGCUUGUCAUCAACA